AUGGUCCAGAUCACGCGAGCCGCAAAAUACCUUGGCGCUUUGUUGGACAAUAAGCUGACUUGGAGGGACCAGAUUUUUCGUACAGUGGACUCAAUGUACAGGCCUCUAAGAUGUGAUGAGGAUGAGUAUGUUACCAGUGAUGAGGAAGAGUAUGUUACCAGUGAUAAGAGCGUAUUGCAAGGUAUUGAGGAAGAGUGUGUUACCAGUGAUGUGGAAGUGUAUGUUACCAGUGAUGAGGAUGAGUAUGUUACCAGUGAUGAGGAGGAAGAUGAUGUGGAAGAGUAUGUUACCAGUGAUGAGGAUGAGUAUGUUACCAGUGAUGAGGAAGAGUAUGUUACCAGUGAUAAGAGCGUAUUGCAAGGUAUUGAGGAAGAGUGUGUUACCAGUGAUGUGGAAGAGUAUGUUAUCAGUGAUGAGGGAGGCCCUCCAACAUCGCACCGCCAAGUUUCUGCUGCUGACAGCUCGUUUUCUGCUCACUGCUCUCGUUAUUUGGUGUAG